AACAUGCUUGAAGAACUAUUAAUUCAUAAGCCAGAUGAUCCCAUUCAGUAUAUGAUAAACCAUUUAAAGCAAAACAACGAUGACGCUCCAAGAAUUUGUGUGCUUGGUCCACCUGCUUCUGGGAAAACUACAGUGGCAAUGUGGCUUUGUAAACAUUUGGAUGCCAUACAUAUCUCUCAGGAGACUUUGUUAUUCAAGGAAAUAUUAGCGCUGACAAACGAAGCAAAGGCAUAUAAAGAAAAAAACCAGAAAAUUCCCAGCGCGCUUUGGGCCAAUCUGAUCCAGGACCGUCUGUCAAACGUGGACUGCAUCAAACAAGGGUGGAUUUUGGAAGGCUUCCCUGAAAAUCAGGAACAGGCAUGGAUGCUGCAGUCAGCUGGCAUCAUUCCUAGGCAUGUUGUUGUGCUUUAUGCUCCAGACACUGUGCUGAUUGAGAGGAACAGUGGGAAAAGGCUUGAUCCCAUCACAGGAGAGGUGUACCACACGACCUUUGACUGGCCAAGUGAUCUGCUGGUCCAGCAACGUUUGGUGAAACCAGAAGAUUUAUCCGAACAGGAGAUGUCCAAGAAACUGCUGGAAUAUCACCGAAACUUCCCUGGGGUUUUCCAGAUCUACCAAAAAGUUUUGAAAUCGAUCAAUGCAGACCAGCCUUCCAUGGAUGUCCUCUCCCAGGUUCUUACCUAUGUCCAAACACGGCACCGAUCAGCAGCCCCCUUUACACCACGGAUCCUCUUUUGUGGACCCCCAGGCAGUGGGAAGAGCCUGCAGGCAGCAGUAAUAGCUCAGAAAUACGGCAUUGUCAACAUUUGCUGUGGGCAACUGCUAAAGGAAGCUGUUGCAGACAAGACAAAACUUGGAGGACUCGUUAAGCCUUAUAUUGACAAUGGAUACCCAG